UUAAAAAAAAAUCAUGAAAAUUGUGAAAAUGAAACUGAUUCCUGUUAUGUUAAAGCUCCUUUUUUCCAGCCUCCUUACCACUCUCUUCUUUUUAGAGUGUAAAUGUGACAUAAUCCCUCUUCAUUUACAACAUGUGGUUAUCAAUGGCACUCUUACUAUCAGCAAUACUGAUGAAUUGAUCUUCUUCAUCAAACCUCUAAGCAACAGGAAAUUAUUCGACCAGUCGAAAUGCCGUGGCUAUGACUGCGAGUUUACCACGACUUCGUUACAAAGGGGCAACACUGAAGUCCUUCAUUUCAAAAUAGCAGUAAACCAUGUUUCACCUGAAAUCUGCUGCUCCAUAAGAGCUUGUAUGACAAAGCGGAAUUAUGCCAUUCAAAUGCCGAGAAAAAUUAUAAAUUCUGUUAGUUGCCCUAGUAGUUACCAAUGGAGCUAUUAUCCACAAUUCCUUGAAUAUAGUCUUGAUAUUAGUUUGUACACGUGGUUCAUGGAAGAGUCUCAUUACAGUGAUAUGAAGAUAAAUGGUACAGCAUUUCUACUGGUACCCCAAUCCCAAGAACCCAUUCCAAUAUUUGCCAAUGUCUUUCACAUUGGUACCCUACAGUGUCGCUAUCAUGUGAACGGACCACAAGUUCAAAUGGAGACUCUUGAAACUAUGAACAAGAAUGGGAUUAAGUCUAUUCUGUAUAAGUCUGAUUUGAGCGUGAAUAAUGAGGCUACUUUUAAUCUUUAUUUCACUUGCUUCACUGAAUUCAAUCAUCAUGUUGAUAACAUGCUCGAAUCAGAGACAGUGACAAAAAGAUUGACAGUUCUUGUCAAAAGAGAUCCUAGCAUCAUCAUAGCAGAGAAUACAACUUUUUCUACAGAAGAUGUCACCCAUCAAAUUAAACUUGAUGUUCUCAGUAGCAAAGUCAUCUCAACUGUUUCAGUUAGGACUGCUUAUACAGGUCAAGGCACACCAACUGUCAUCACUGCAUUGCCUCAGCUGUCAAUAGUUCAUCAUUAUUACAUUGCUUUCAAUGGGAUAAAGCCAUCAAUGACUGGCCAGUAUAAUGUUACUAUUGAAAUGACUGAUGGAACAACUGUAUGGUCCAUAUUUAAUAUUUUUGUGUCACAAAUGCCUAGAGUUGAGAUUACUCCAAAGAUAAUCAACGUUGGUCUAUAUCAGUCAGCAAGGUUUGAUUGUGUUGCAUAUGGCAUUGAUAUACGUGGCAUUGAAUGGACCAGAGAAGGAUUUACACUGGAAAACAUAAAAAAGGAGAGAUAUUUAUCAGCUAUUGACAACAUUGCUGGCUUGCAAGUGAACUUCACUUCACCUGAUUAUACUGAUGGAGGUGAAUAUGCCUGUCGUGUUUGGACUAGCCAUCCACAUCACGUGAUUGUAGCCUAUGCUGAACUAUACGUAUUUUAUCCAGGUAGCCCAAAUAUUGAUCCUUCCUAUGAAGUUAUAAAUGACACAUCUCGUCCUAAUGGAACUUUCUAUGUCCCUGACGACUGGGAUACUGAUGAAGAUGGAGGGGGGGACAUUAAAAUUGCUGGUGUCAGUCCGAUAGUAUUGGGUAUCAUUACUGCAUUGGUACUCUUUGGUUUUAUAAUGUUGAUUGUAACGCUUAGCCUAAUACGCUGGGGUAUUGACACAUGGAGAUACAAGAUAAGGAGAAAGAAAAACUCUUUAGAAAACAAGAGACUGAAGGAUGUCAUUGACAAAAUAAAAAAUAAAACCGGCGACAUCAGCUCCAGCUCUAGUUCCAGCAGUGACAGUGAUAGUGACAAAGGAGUUGCUAGUAAACUCAGUAGUAGCAGCAGUGACGAUAGCAUGGUGGCGCUGCUGCACAGUGAAGACAGUAACAGUGAAAUUAGUGAUAGAGUGAUCCACAGUGAUACUGACAGUAAAAAAAGAGGUGAUAGUGGCAGCAAUAAGAGUGAUACUGACAGUAAAAAGAGUGGUGAUACUGACAGUAAUAAAAGUGGUGAUAGUGGCAGUAAUAAGAGUGGUGCCUAUGCUAAACUUAAAGGGUCUGAUAGUGAGAGUAAGAGUAGUAAGAGUAGUGUGAAUAGUGUAAGUGGUGACAGUGACAUUAGUGAGAUAGUGGUGCGUAGUGGUGGUGAGAGUGAUAGUGAUCCAAGUGUUGUUAGUGUGAGUAGUGAGAGUAGUGACUAUAGUCAUUAACUUGAUAUAAUUAUUAAAAAAUGAAUUUUAUUAUUUAUGUAGCAUGUAAUACAAAUUAUAGUCUCACCCAAAUUAAUGUUUAUACAACACAAACUUUCAAAUGC